UAAUCGAUUACAUAUCGUUCAAUGCUGAUGUCAAAGAAUUUGCGAAUGCAACAGUGAAGUAUAAAACACACCAUUUGGUUUUGCUAUCCGUGAACAAUAUAAAUAAUUAAUAUUAGUUAAAUAAUAUUAUUAUGGCUGGAAAAAGACAGGCAACAUCUAACUUAAAUCACGAAAAUUGGGAUCAGGAAGAAGAACCUGAAGAGCGUGGAACGUUUCGCAAAGCUACGGAAGAUGAAUUAAAAAAUCGGGUUAUUAAGAAGGCGCGCAGGAAAGUCGCUACCGGCAACAGCGGUGUUGACGCUACUGAUGAUGGGGCGCCAAAAAGCGUUUUUAGUGGUUUUGCAGGUUUCGGCAAGUCAACAAAUGCCACUGCAGCUGGAUCUCCUUUCUCAUUUUUGUCAAAAGUAUCUGCGUCGACAGCCGAUGCUUCUAGUACACCUACAACAACAAAACCAUCAUUUUCAUUUGGAACAGCUAUUAAAUCGCCUCCAACUGUUGAAAAGGAAGACAAAACGUCUGCCAAAAAUGGUAAUGCAGUUAAAGAAAUCGCUAAGGAGGGCAAAGGCAAAUCGACUAGUUAUCAAAACAAAAUCAAAAGCUUAAACGAGGCUGUAACCGAAUGGAUAAAAACUCAUGUAGAGAAAAAUCCGCUUUGUAUUCUUACACCGAUUUUCAAAGACUAUGAUAAAUAUUUAAAGGAGAUAGAAGAAGAAGAGCAAAAGUCGGAACCAUUGAAAACAGAUGACAGCGCAAGUGUUAAAAAUACUUCAUCAGAUGCACCAACAGAUACACAAACACUUGGCAAUUUUAAAUUUUCCGCAUUCUCUAAACCUAGUACAAGCAUUGCUUCGACCAGUGGUACAGGUGCUUUGUUUUCGUUUAGUUCAGCACCGUCCUCAUCCGCAACAGUCCCUACAAGUUCUUCGAGUAUUUUUACAAAGCCAACAACUGAAGCACCUAAACAAAGCACUUUUAGUUUUGGAAUUAAACCUGCUGAAAACAAAAAUAAUGCACCAGAUGACCAAACUUCGUCUCCAUCUCAAUCUAAGGGUUUCAGUUUUGGCCUUAAAACCGAUAAUAAACCAUCAACCUCAGCAUCAAGCGCGUUCACUUUCGGAAAACCAGCAACGAACGGUGAUUCGAGCGAUAAGAAAUCCAACUCGUUUAGUUUUACUCCUGGUUCUACCCCAUUCAGUUUCGGUAACAUAAAGCCACCUACUGACCCAGCUCCUUCAACCUCUGCUGAUGCUAAUGGGGCCGACGACGAAGAAGAUCAACCACCUAAAGUGGAAUUUAAGCAGGUUGUGGAGGAAGAUGCGGUAUAUUCCAGGAAAUGCAAAGUUUUCAUUAAAAAAGACGGAGCGUUUACUGAUCGUGGUGUGGGCACAUUAUACUUAAAACCAGUUAAAGAUUCUGAAAAGACACAACUUUUAGUACGUGCCGAUACAAAUCUCGGAAAUAUUCUUGUCAACUUAAUAUUAAGCGCCGGCAUCCCUACUCAACGGAUGGGUAAAAACAACGUGAUGAUGGUAUGUCUUCCUACGCCUGAUGUAGAAAAGGCAACGUCGAUGCUGCUACGCGUUAAAACUGCAGACGAGGCGGACGACCUAUUGGCGGAACUAGAGAAACACAAAAAAUGAAGUGUAUUUUAACUAUUUACUUUUAAAUUGUUAUAAAUAUUGGUUGUACUUUUAAUGUCUGCAACAUUUUAAGAAUUUUACCAAUAAAAUUACUUUUUGAACAAAAAGA